AUGUCCGAGCAGAGGAGCGAGCCUAGAAAGCAGACCCAACAAGCCAGCCAUCCAACCAUGGCGACAAAUACCACUACCCAGGCGACCAAACUGGAAACGGAGUUAGCGGAGUCCAGCAGUCGAGCGGUUGAGGUCGAGAAGGAUCAAGCCUUGGAAAACAUGGUCGAGCAGAUCUGGCAACUUCAGAGCACUCAGAUUGAAGCCAUUUUCGAUGGUCUAAAUUGGUCUGUGUGCAAUAUAAUCCCUCAGAAAGCAGACUUUAGAAUUGAAAAUAUCGACAUUUAUGGCUCAGCAAAGCUCACCAUGACCAAAGAAAUCGAGUAUUCACCAGCUCCGUAG